CAUGGUGUGUUGGUAUAUCUGUUGUCCCAGCGCUCCACUCGGACGCUGCAGAGCGCGUAACUAAAUAUAUCCUCCACUUGUUCUACGUCACGACAUGUAACAUUACACGGCUUUUCUUUCUUCCGCAGAGUUUAAACCAGGAGUCGGGUUGAGGCUGGGCACGACUAUAAAGGAGAGGGGCAGACAGGCUGGACACAACCAAAUACAUAGACCGUCUGAAAGUGGUGAAACAACGAGUGCCAGAAUGACGGUUUGUUGUGAGUCGUGUGAAAGUCCAUGGAGCAGUGAGCGCUGCUCCUCUUAUCUCUUCACCCGGGAGACAGGAACCCGCCUGGGACUCUGCAAGAGAUUCAGGUCUACUAAGGGAGCGUCUAAAGCCAGGAGGGACCAGAUCAACUCUGAGAUCAGGAACAUGAGAACUCUGCUCCCCAUCCCUCAGGAGGACCAGGACAGACUGUCAUACCUCCACAGCAUGGCGGUUAUCACAGCGUACAUCAGGAAGAGCUUUCUGUAUAAGGGAUUAUCAGCUGAUCAGAGUUGUCUCUCCUCUUCCUCCUCCUAUCCUCUGUACGAGACCUUCCUCCCAGCCGUGCAUGGUUUCAUUCUGAUCCUCUCCUCCCAGGGCAGGCUGGUCUACGUCUCCGAGAACGUCUCUGAUUACCUGGGGCUCUCCAUGGUUGAUGUUCUUCAGGGAGACACCUUCUAUGACCUGGUGGAGAAUCAGGAUGUGGAGACGGUUAGAUCUAACCUGGAGACAGACAAUACAACGUCAACUGAGAGGAGUUUUGUGUGUCGGAUGCACACCUCCAAGGCCUUCAGACUAGAGUAUGGUAACUGCUGUUCUAUAAUGGUCCGAGGACGCUAUCAGACCCUCCCACAAUCCCCUCAGUCCACCCCCACAUCCUCCCCAGACCAUAGCCAAUCUGGCCCCCCUGUGGAGAGGGUGUUCUUGGCUCUCUGCACACCCACAGUGAACCACCUGGGCAACAGCAUCUUCUCCUCCUGCUCCUCCUCCUUCACCAGCCUCCACAGACCAGAUAUGAGCUUCAGUCACCUGGACGAAAGUGUUGUGUUUUACUUGGGCUACUCAUCGGAGGAGCUGAUUGGUCGAUCGUGGUACAGCCUCCUCCACCCUGAAGACCUCUCCUUGAGUACCUACUCACAUAAGAGUCUGAUGCAGGCAGACGAGGGUAGGCAGAUGGAGAUGGUUCUGAGGCUCCAACACAGCGACCUCUCAUGGUCCUGGAUCUACACUAGAGCCGCUAAGAAUUCUGGGAACCAGGAAGUGAGCUGCUGUAACUACAUUAUCAGUGAAACAGAAGCCAUGUAUCUGAGGAAAAAGAUCCACAGCGAUGCUUUUAGAGCCUCUCCUCCUCAGCCCUACUGCCCCUCUCCCAGCCCCCAGCUGACCCAGAGCUGUUGCCCCACCAGGGACCUAAAGAGACAGAGAGCAUUCAGCCAGUCCAGUAGUAUAUCUGAAACUGAGAACAGGUCUAAGACCAGCAAGAGACAGAGAGCAGAGUCUAAUGCUGUGUUCUACGUCACAUCAUGUAGCUCCUCCUCCCAGGCCUCACCUAUCGCCGCCUUCUCCACGCCUCCCUAUAGCCCCACCUCCUCCCACUACAGCUCCUCCUCCCACUCUCCGACACAGCAGGACGACACCAGCUCUGACUCUCUGUUGGAUGUGUAUGGCUACACAGAGAACUUAACCUCCUACUACCAUUGCCCCGAGGGAGGGACUGAGGUAGGGACUGGGCCUUCCUGCCUCCUGUCCCCCUCUAGGUCCUUCCAGCCCGGCUCGGAGCAGUCCUUCCACCAGGGUGUCUUCAGCCAGACUGAUGCAUUCUCUCCUCAGUCCUGCCCUUCUUCUCCCCAGUAUGAUUGCUCAGCAUGCCCUGCUGAUGCCCGGCUGGUCCCUGACUGUCUAUCUGUAUCAGACCUGUUAGAGAGUUCAGCAGACUGCCCCAUCACCAUCCAAGACUACAGCCUCUCAGUUCAGCCACAAGGUGGAGCCACCAGUCCAUACAGCCUCUCAGUUCAGCCACAAGGUGGAGCCACCAGUCCAUUCAGCCUCUCAGUUCAGCCACAAGGUGGAGCCACCAGUCCAUACAGCCUCUCAGUUCAGCCACAAGGUGGAGCCACCAGUCCAUUCAGCCUCUCAGUUCAGCCACAAGGUGGAGCCACCAGUCCAUACAGCCUCUCAGUUCAGCCACAAGGUGGAGCCACCAGUCCAUUCAGCCUCUCAGUUCAGCCACAAGGUGGAGCCACCAGUCCAUACAGCCUCUCAGUUCAGCCACAAGGUGGAGCCACCAGUCCAUUCAGCCUCUCAGUUCAGCCACAAGGUGGAGCCACCAGUCCAUACAGCCUCUCAGUUCAGCCACAAGGUGGUGCCACCAGUCCAUACAGCCUCUCAGUUCAGCCACAAGGUGGUGCCACCAGUCCAUACAGCCUCUCAGUUCAGCCACAAGGUGGUGCCACCAGUCCAUACCAGAGCCACCAUAUACCUCAGACUGUCUCUCCUCCUAUUGGAGGCCUGCUGACCCCUAACCCCUCCCCGACUUCCAACCUCUCCUUCCUCUACAGUGACAGAGACAAGGUAGAGAUCAGUAUCCUAGCCCAGCAGAUCUCCUCUCUGGCCUCCAGCUUCGACCUGUUCAACACCCUGAGCCCCAUCCAGACCCCACCUCAGCCCCAGCCCAGCUCAGAACCCCUUCCCUGGGCACAGCUCCCAGGUCCCUCCACUGUCCCCCUCCACAUCAAGCCGGAGUUGGUCCUGGAUGAGGGAGUGUUUGAUAGUCUCCUGAAGGAUCUGAGCAUGGUUCAGGGACCUGGGAGUCUGUCUCACUGCUACCAACCUCAGGACCCUUCAACCCUGGCUCUGUCCUCUCUCGCCGACCCUCUACCCAUGGAGCAGUCAUCCCUCUCUCUCUCCCUCCCCCUGCAACACCCCUCCUCCCUCUCUCUCUCCUUCCCCCUGGACCCAUUCCACCUAGCUAACCUGGAUCCCUUCUCUCUGAGGACAAGCUGUCAUAAUCAGACCUCUGAGUUGCAUCAACUCAACCUGCCCCACAGUCUCCAUCAAGAUGGGCUUGUUGAAGAAUCCAUGUACUGAUACUAGUCUAAAUAGCCUUUCAGUACUAACCCUCGUAUGGCAUAUUGUCAUGACAACCAACCAAGUCUUCCAGCCAGAGUCCAAAAUGAAGACUUUUUAAAGACUUCUACAAUAUUUAGUAGUUGGUACUUUUCAAGGGAACAUGUUUCCCAAGUAUCUCUUAUUUUUGUAAAUUAAAUUGUGAUGAGAGUAAGUGAACCUCGUCCAGUGGACCAAACUGCUGAGGAGCUUGUUACUAUUUUGUAUUAACUAUAUUGUUACCUGUUGACUGCUGUAAUUCACCAUCUGUGUUGAUGAUGAUGUUGUCCUGAUUCUGGUAGCAUGGUACUGUACUGUUUACAUCUAGAAAACUGAUGAUCAGAUAUGUAGAAUUGAUGUUUAUGUGAAUGUUGAGGGACCAUGAGGAUGAUUUACUACUGAGCACUUUCUGGAUGUUUGAGCUGUUUGCGAUAAUGUCACACAGGGUCGUGACGUGGUGCUCCAGAGGAGGUUGAAGCAGAAUAGUAGAUUCUAAUAUGCAACCCAAAUCACACACUAUUCCCUGUAUAGUGCACUACUUUAGACCAGAGCCCUAUGUAACACUUUUCCCUGUAUAGUGCACUACUUAUGACCAGAGCCCUAUGGGGAUAUUGGGUUCCAUGUGAGAAACAUCCAUAGGUGUUAAAAAGAAAAUGAAGUAACUACCUCAAUAAUGCCACUACAUUCAUUCCCAGCCUGAAACUACUGUUUAGUAAGCGAGUGUAUUUAUUGGUAGAGAUGACUGUUAUACGUAUUGCUUCAUUCCAGUGUUUGUCUACUAUUUGUGCUACUGAAAACUCUUGUUUGAAACCAUUGGUAACCGUUAUUCAGGACAUUAGUCUUGAAUACAUAUGUUGUGUUGAUAAAAUGCUGCUUGGUUGGAUGUAAUUGUACAAAAGCAAAGUCUUUUUGCAAUUGGUUUUCUAAUUUUGCAGUGAAAGUUAUUAAAACGCAUAAAAUAUGA